CAUCACUCGUAUUAAAUUGUAGAUAACCGUCAGCAAUGACAACUUACAUACUUUUGACAAGUAAAUACAGCAUGAAACAUUAGCUAAAACCAGAAUCCAACAUUUUUUAAAUCUUGGUUUGACUAUAAAAAACUGGAUGAGCAAAGGCUAGAAAUACAACAACUCCUAUUUUCUUUCAACAUUCUUUUUACAUACUUAUAGCAACUAUGGAUAAAAGAACAGAUCAACUUCAUGUAUACUUUUUGCCAAUGAUGGCUCCAGGCCACAUGAUACCAUUAGUAGACAUGGCCAGGCAAUUUUCCAGGCAUGGUGUGAAGGUAACAAUCAUCACGACUCCUCUCAACGCGACUAAAUUCUCAAAAACAAUCCAAAAAGAUAGAGAGCUUGGCAGUGAUAUUAGCAUCCGGACAAUUGAAUUCCCUUGUAAAGAAGCUGGAUUGCCAGAGGGCUGUGAAAACUUAGCUUCUACUACUAGUUCAGAAAUGAGUCUAAAAUUCGUCAUAGCCUUGUACUUGUUUCAACAGCCAGUUGAACAGUUCAUGGAGGAAGAUCAUCCAGAUUGUCUAAUAGCAGGAACUUUCUUCUCAUGGGCUGUUGAUGUUGCAGCCAAGCUGGGAAUUCCAAGGCUAGCUUUUAAUGGCACUGGUUUACUUCCUAUGUGUGCUUAUCACUCUUUUAUGGAACACAAACCUCAUUUGAAGGUUGAAUCCGAGACGGAAGAGUUUGUCAUCCCUGGCCUUCCUGACACAAUAAAGAUGUCAAGAUCAAAGAUUUCAGAACACUGGAAGGAUGAAAAAGAAACCCCAAUGACUCCAAUAGUUAAAGAUUUUAUGCGAGCAGAAGCGACUAGCUAUGGAGCUAUUGUAAACAGCUUUUAUGAGAUGGAACCAAAUUAUGUACGACACUUCAGGGAAGUAGUAGGGAGAAAAGUGUGGCACGUUGGUCCUGUUUCGCUCUGCAAUAAAGACAAUGAAGAUAAAUCACAAAGAGGCCAAGACAGUUCCCUUUCUGAGCAAAAGUGUUUGGAUUGGCUCAAUACCAAGGAACCAAAAUCAGUCAUUUAUAUAUGUUUCGGAAGCAUGUCCAUCUUUUCAUCAGAUCAGUUGUUUGAGAUAGCAACCGCUCUCGAAGCAUCAGACCAACAAUUUAUAUGGGUGGUGAGGCAAAAUACAACAAAUGAAGAGUGGAUGCCAGAAGGAUUUGAAGAAAAGCUGAACGUGAACGGACGAGGUUUGAUAAUAAAAGGAUGGGCACCUCAGGUGCUUAUCCUUGAUCAUGAAGCUACGGGAGGUUUUGUGACUCAUUGUGGAUGGAACUCAUUACUCGAAGGAGUAAGUGCCGGAGUGCCAAUGGUCACAUGGCCGCUAUCAGCUGAGCAAUUUUUUAAUGAAAAGCUACUAGUAGAGAUAUUAAAGAUUGGAGUACCAGUAGGUGUUCAGGCCUGGUCUCAAAGAACAGAUAGCAGAGUCCCAAUUAACAGGGAAAACAUACAAAGAGCAGUGACCAAAGUGAUGGUUGGUCAGGAAGCAGAGGAGAUGCGAGGCCGUGCAGAUGCUUUAGGAAAUUCGGCUAAAAUGGCUGUAGAGAAAGGCGGAUCAUCUGACAAUAGCUUGAUUUCCUUACUAGAAGAAUUGAGGAUGAGGAAGAGCAGCUCCAACUGAUGGGAAUUUGUUUAAAUGUAUUGUUACAUCAUUUAUGUGUUAAGACAAUUUGGACUUUCUUUGCUAUAUAAUGCUAGCGUUUGGCCAUAGAUUUCCAAAUAUUUUUGGUAAAUAUUAUUUGAAUGAAAUUUCACCAUGUAUUUGGCCAUAAUAUUUGGAACACACAUUUCACUUUUUAGAAAAA